CAGUAUAUUUUUUUCAAAAAGAUGACAUCAUCCUAAUGUCCCUUAAAGGUAUACAGCUGAGAUACAGACAUGAAACAAACGCCAUGGUGGCUCCGGGAAUGGAGUGUAGGUAAUAGUCCGUUGUUCAUAAUUUCAGCUAAAACGGUGAAAAUGAAUGACAUUUUCUUAUUUUGACAUUGGAGACCGCUGUGAUCAAGCUUUUUAACUAUUGGCAACGAAAGACGUUGUAUCUCAUAGGCCAACAGGAAGAAAACAGAAAAACUAUCCAAUCAGCUUGGCUGUUGGAUCCAGGUGGUAAAUUAUCCUGCUUCUCUCUGGAGUGUAUUUUUUUGUAUUUUCCAGCUUCCCCUACGCCGCCAUUAAAUACCAACAGAACGGUUGUUGGAAAUGGGGAUUAAAAUGAUUUAAAGCCCCGGAGAGACGGCAAAGGGACGGGGGGAGGGACGGGGGGGUGUUGUGCAAUUGCAUAGGUCUCGAAGCCCCGCACAAACGGAGCACGGAAACGUAAAUAUGCGGCUUCUGGCCAAAUAAAAGCUUGACUUCGGAACAUACGGAUUGGGUUUCUUUGGGAAGAAUCGAGUGGAUAGAACCGGGGACAAGCUCGAGAACGGUUUGGUUGUGCUUGGAAGAAGAGUGUCAACACAGGAAAAGCAUCCUGCUUGCCUGUGUGAUCUCCUUAAGUGGAGCUGUGGAGCGACAAUGACCGAGCUGGGUACCAAGUGGGCCUGUGAGUACUGCACGUUUGAGAACUGGCCCUCGGCCAUCAAGUGCACCAUGUGCCGCGCCCAGAGGCCCAGCGGGGGCGCCAUCAUCACUGAGGAGCCCUUCCGGAGCAGCCCUGGCCUGGACACCAGCCGCCAGUGGGAACCCCCAAGCCUGAGUAACAGCCCGCCCAAGGGAGGCUCUAGCCUCCUAAUCUGCCCGGACUCCAGCGCCCGUCCGCGUGUCCGCAUUGCAGACGCCCCCGAGACCCCCUCCAGCAAGUGGUCAUGCCACAUUUGCACCUUCCUAAAUUGGCCCCGUGCCAUCCGCUGCACCCAGUGUCUGUGCCAGCGACAUCAGCAGGAGCAGCACCACCAUGGACUGGCACAGCAGCCACGCAGCCCCACCGAGUCACCCCAGACCUCAGGCUCAGGAUGCCGGCCCGCACCCCCCUCCACCCCUACCGACCCCUGCGAGGAGUAUAACGACCGCAACCGCCUCAACACCCGCGCCCAGCACUGGACCUGCGCCGUCUGCACUUAUGCAAACUGGCCCAAUGCGUGCAAAUGUGUAGUGUGUGACCACCCUAGGCCCAAUAGCCUGACAGAACCUAUUGAACUGGCCUGUGAGCCAGGGAGCCUACCACCCUCAAUACUCAAUGAGCAGGACAGGGACAACAGGAGGGGGGUUGUGAGUGUGGGAGGGGGCGGCGGUGGAUUAGUGGGGUGCAGUGGCGGCCAGAGGAGGUCCCCACCCACCUCCAAGCGGGAGGCGGAGGUUAAAAUGGACUUUCAGAGGAUCGAACUGGCUUCGGGAGCCGGAGUGGGGAGCAUAGAGGAGCAGCAGGUGGACUUUAAAAGGCUCAAACAGAUAAAGAACAGGAUGAGGAGAACUGACUGGUUGUUUCUCAAUGCCUGUGCAGGUGUGGUAGAGGGGGACCUGGCUGCAGUAGAGGCCUAUAAGUCAUCAGGGGGGGACAUCGCCAGGCAGCUGACGUCCGACGAGGUGCGUCUCCUCAACCGGUCAUCGGCCUUCGAUGACGGCUUCACCCUGGUACACCUGGCCAUCCGCUUCCAGAGGCAGGACAUGCUGGCAGUGCUCCUCACUGAGGUGUCCCAACAGGCAGCUAAGUGUAUCCCAGCCAUGGUGUGCCCUGAGUUGACGGAGCAGAUCCGUCGGGAGGUGGCUGCCUCCCUGCACCAGCGCAAGGGAGACUUCACCUGCUACUUCCUCACUGACCUGGUCACCUUCACCCUGCCAGCAGAUAUUGAGGACUUGCCCCCAACAGUUCAGGAGAAACUGUUUGACGAAGUGCUGGACCGAGAUGUACAGAAAGAGCUGGAGGAGGAGUCUCCCAUCAUCAACUGGUCUAUAGAGCUAGGCACGCGGUUGGACAGCAGGCUGUAUGCCCUGUGGAACCGCACGGCCGGGGACUGCCUGUUAGACUCAGUACUGCAGGCCACUUGGGGCAUCUAUGACAAGGACUCCGUCCUCCGCAAGACCCUUCACGACAGCCUGCACGACUGCUCCCACUGGUUCUACACACGCUGGAAGGAGUGGGAGUCGUGGUACUCCCAGAGCUUCGGCUUGCACUUCUCACUCAGAGAGGAACAGUGGCAGGAAGACUGGGCUUUCAUUCUCUCACUGGCCAGCCAGCCUGGAGCCAGCCUGGAGCAGACUCAUAUUUUUGUUCUUGCACACAUUCUUCGUAGACCAAUCAUCGUCUAUGGAGUGAAGUAUUACAAAAGUUUCCGUGGUGAAACACUUGGUUACACCCGUUUUCAAGGUGUGUACUUGCCCCUGUUGUGGGAGCAGAGUUUCUGUUGGAAGAGUCCCAUCGCGCUGGGCUACACGCGUGGCCACUUCUCUGCACUGGUGGCCAUGGAGAAUGACGGCUUCGACAAUCGGGGCGCAGGCGCCAACCUCAACACAGACGACGACGUCACCGUCACCUUCCUACCGCUGGUGGACAGCGAGAGAAAAUUGCUCCACAUCCACUUCCUCUCAGCACAGGAGAUGGGUAAUGAAGAGCAGCAGGAGAAGCUGCUGAGGGAGUGGUUGGACUGCUGCGUGACGGAGGGCGGAGUGCUGGUGGCCAUGCAGAAGAGCUCCCGCAGGCGGAACCACCCCCUGGUCACACAGAUGGUGGAGAAGUGGCUGGACGGCUACCGACAGAUCCGCCCCUGCGCCUCUCUCUCCGACGGUGAGGAAGAAGAGGAGGAGGAGGAGGAUGAGUGAUGAAACUGGUGUAGGCGGGGUCCCCAGGGGCAGGGGUCCAGCCUCGUUUUUUGUUUUUUUUCCACCUUUCCUGACAUGGACAAACUGAAAGGGGAGGGAAUCUUGAGCAUCACCGCACCCUGGCAGAGGACACACACGCAUACAAAUAUCUUAGAGACUGACAGAAGAAAUGGUCCACUGCUACAAAAAGACCUGGGGAUGAUGGGAAAUAAAUGAUUAUAGUAUACUAAUGCUAUUUAUCUUUAUUGAUUUUCUAAUGUAAAAUCUUUAUCCAAAAGUGUAAAUGCAUGUGGUUGUUUAAAAAAAGAAGUAUAAGAAAAUAUACCAGCAUUGAUUCAGACAUCUUUCUGUUCAUUAUGGGCACUGAUGAAGCACACUUGCAAAAUUACUGUUGUUUUUCCAGUUGAAAUAGAGUUGGCUUGUUUUUUUUGAUGGGCAGUGACUAAGCCAACAUCUUUGAGUCAUGGGACCCAACGGAGAACUGGCUCGAUUGUGUAAUAUGAACUUAAUUCUUAAUACUAAGCACUGCGCAUUUAUUGAAAGACAUUUCUAUAUGAAUAUAACUGCUUGAAUAAAGGUCGUUUAUUAAGCUUUGAGAUGGCAGUUCAAAGUCACUAAGGUUUAGGAGACAGAUCAUACACAUGGAUGUUUAGUUUACCUUUUCCCUGACUGGCUGAAAUGAAAUCUUGUUUUUAAUUUCAUCUCCAAACUCAUUUUACAUAUUUAUUUGUUUGGGAGCUUUUGAGCUAAGGAGAGCUUUGAUUCUCUGUAUUUUUCUUUCAUUUAUUAUUUAAAUCUAGAUGGUUUUUUUUUAGGCUGCACUAACAUUUUUUCGGUGAGGAAAAUAACAACCAUCUGUAAUGGUUGACUUCAGUUCUCGUGUGAUUCAGUAUCUCAUUUGAAUGGUUGGUGAUUUUGGGGAGGAGCGAGUAAGACAUUCAAUCCAACAUUAAACCAGAAACACACCAGUUUCUUGUCAUAUUCUCAUUUUUCCUCUGUUGCUAUUCCUCCCUGUCAAGUUUAACCCAUGGUACCUGUGUUUUAUUUUUCUCUAAUGUAUAUGUGAACAUCUUGAAUUGAGUUUAAGGUCUUUGAGGGACUGCACAUAAACCAAAGUUCUAAAAUCAUGCUUUAGCAGUGAAGGAAGUUUCUGUUGGGUUUCCUUGCCGUUGAGUACUGUAACUUUUAUUUUGGUGUAUUACAAUCUAGUUAUACACGUUUUGAGCAUCACCUGUAUGUUGCUUUGUAUUUAUGCAAUAGUUUCAGAUCUGACUGAUGGUUUGUGGAUUUAGGUAAAAGCCUGACCUCGCUUUAGCGUGUGUGGCACGGACAGGAAAAAAUAAAGGAAAACCUUUUUGAAUGUCCAAUUA